ACACUCUCUCAAACCAGGAACAACUGUAUGUUAGUGGGAGAGAGAGCAGCAGCUGCUUCUGAUCCCACAGCCUUUUCUCUCUCCUCUCAGUCUCUCUACAGCUGUUCCACCUCUCUCUCUCUCUCUCUCUCUCUCUCUCUCUCUCUCUCACUCCGAGUGUGCAGCGCUUUGGUGGGUCGGUGGAGCCGCUUUUUGGCUUCGGAGCUCCAAGCAAGAGAGAAGCCGGCACUGAGCAGCUUCUAGACACUGACGAGAGAAAGCACAGGAGGACAUAAAGAAAGAGGAAGAGAAAGUCUGACACAGAUAAAGAAGAUAGGAUAUCUUAACGCAAGAGGUGUAGACUGAAGGAGAGACUGUAAUGAUGGCUGAGGCACCUCAGCAGCAGCAGCAGCAGCAGCAGCAGGAGAAGCAGGAGGAGGAUGAGCAGCAGCAGCAGCAGCAGCAGCAGCAGGAGGAGGAGCAGGAGGAGCAGCCGCCGCCGAGUCCUGCGGAGGCGACAGAACCCAAUGAAGGGUCUGAAGAACCGAAGGAGAGCGUCCAGACGCCACCGACCCGUCCUCUGCUGUCCAUGAGGUCCAUGAGCAGCGUUGACCCUGACGACGACUCCCCCAACAUGAUUGUCUACAGAAAGAUUGAAGAUAUUGUCACUCGCAUCCAGGAUGAGACAGAGGGUGUUCCCAUCAGAACUGUCAAAAGCUUCAUGACCAAAAUCCCCAGUGUUGUCACAGGUGCCGAUAUUGUGCAGUGGCUGAUGAAAAACCUGUCCAUCGAGGAUCCAGCUGAGGCCAUGCACAUCGGGAGUCUCAUUGCAGCUCAAGGGUACUUCUUCCCUAUCUCAGACCAUGUCCUCUCUCUCAAAGAUGAUGGCACUUUCUACCGUUUUCAGGCACCGUAUUUCUGGCCAUCCAACUGUUGGGAACCUGAAAACACAGAUUAUGCUAUCUACCUGUGCAAGCGGACCAUGCAGAAUAAGACCAGGCUGGAGCUAGCAGAUUAUGAGGCGGAGAACCUAGCCAGGCUGCAGAGAGCCUUUGCCAGGAAGUGGGAGUUUAUCUACAUGCAGGCUGAGGCCCAGGUCAAGAUCGACAGGAAAAAGGAUAAAACUGAGAGAAAGAUCCUUGACAGCCAGGAGAGAGCCUUCUGGGAUGUCCACAGACCUGUGCCUGGAUGUGUUAACACCACAGAGAUGGAUAUCAGAAAAUGUAGACGCAUGAAGAAUCCUCAUAGAGUUAAGAAGUCAGUAUAUGGUUUGGCGGAGGAGGGAACGCAGUCUCAGAGUCCCAUACACACUCCCUCACACCACUGCAGAAAAGGGACUAAGGAGGAUGUGGAGAAAGAGAUCUUAUUCCUGAACACCCAGCUAGAUCGUCACUGUAUGAAGAUGUCUAAGGUUGCUGAAAGUCUGAUAACCUACACUGAGCAGUACAUGGAGUAUGACCCGUUUGUUACUGCACCAGAACCGUCCAACCCCUGGACCAGCGAUGAUCCCUCCUUCUGGGACCUAGAGGCCAGUAAGGAGCCCAGCCAGCAGAGGGUGAAGAAGUGGGGUUUCUCUCUGGAGGAGGCCCUGAAAGACCCCGCAGGACAGGAGCUCUUCCUCAAGUUCCUGGAGUCAGAGUUUAGCUCAGAAAACCUGCGGUUCUGGUUGGCCGUGCAAGACCUAAAGAGGAUGCCCCAGCAAGAAGUUGCACAGAGGGCUCAGGAUAUUUGGACAGAAUUCCUAGCAGAGGGAGCACCCAGCUCCAUCAACCUGGACUCCCACAGCUAUGAACGCACCAGCCAGAACCUGAAAGACCCUGGACGAUACAGCUACGAGGACGCACAGGACCACAUCUACAAACUGAUGAAAAGUGACAGCUAUACACGCUUCUUGCGCUCCAACGUGUACCAGGACCUGCUGAUGGCAAGGAAGAAACCUGAAACAGAGCAGGGGCGACGCACCUCCCUGGAGAAAUUCACUCGCAGCGUGGGCAAGUCACUGACAGGCAAGCGACUGACGGGCCUCAUGCAGUCAUCCUGACAAGGCCUGGAUCAAGAGUAGGAGCCAUACCCAGAAGAGCUGCUUACCCCUGGGGCACAGGUGGAAAAGGACCCUGGGGCGUUGGGGUGUGGCUGUGGGAGGCGGGUGAGGGUGACAAACGAACCCAUGACUGCUGGACUGGACCGCUACCACCAUUUGAAACUGCCCUAAGAUUAGUUCAAGAGGACCGACAGCAUGCAAUAAGUCACCCGACCUGACACCAGGACAGUGCUGUCACAGUGUAGAGGAUGAACAAUGCUACUCUUCUUAGGAGGUUUCUACUCAAAAGCCUGCACCUUACCAGGCUCUGUUGUAUCUCUCUAUCUACUAUCUACACUCAUGUUAAUAUGGUAGCUGAAGAGGCUAUCACUUUACUUUCAGUGAUAUAAACAUGGAAUGCUUGAAUGCCUUGAAUGAUGUCAAAAAGAGACUUAAAUUAAUGCUGUAGCUAGCUGUUUUAUCUCACAUCGUUCACUAGGAUGAUAUAAGGGAAAGAAGGAUGGAGGGGUUUAUAGUAAACAUCUGCACUGAACUGAACGUCUGCUCACUCUUCACAAGGGAUGAUGGUCAGAUUGCUUGCUUUAAUGUUGAAACAGGUGGAGAAGUACACCAUCUUUUUAGUAAAAGAGCUUUUUGAUCAAACUACUAAUGUGGAAUGACACAAGAUCACAACCUCUGGGUGUCCAGUAUUGGUUUAGUUUGUUACAACUGGUGUUCACAUUUCAUAUAAUAAUCAUAUAAACUAAUGAAUGUUUUUAUGUUUAUUACAGACUGAUUAAAACUACAGAUGAAAACCUGUAUAUUUUCUCCUCUAAACACCUUUAGCCACGUUGACCUGCUCUGGUACAGUAGAUCGUUCCUGGAAAACAGGUAAACAAUUCAUUCUUUUUUUUUUAAUUUCUUGCAGCAACAGCUGUUUUUUGGACUAUUGUUUUUGUUUUCAAGCACUGAAAAGAUGAAUAGUACCAUCAGGACAAACUCUAGAAGUCAUCACUGGAAAGCAUCACCACACUGGCAGGAAAAAGAAGUAUCUGUUCUACGUUAUUUCUUAAGUUAUCUAAAAUACUGUAAGAAAAAAACAAUUGUCACUGCCUCUGUGAGCACAUUAUUUAUUUAUAGCACGUAUUAUUAAAAGCCUUGUAACAACUGCACUGAGCAGACAGAGGUGUAAUCUUGUUGUCAUUAUGUAAGGACAGGUUAGUCUUAAAAAAAAAAAAAAAACAUGAGUGAGUUAGGGUUGGUUGUAAUAUUAGGCUUAAUAUUAGGCUUUAGUCUAUCUUCUAAACAUUCCUAUGGUGACCCCAAAGGUUAAAACACAACAGUUCAGAAAACACAAACAUUUGACAUGACACAAAUUUCACAAAACUCUGCAACAUUUCAGACUACGGAAAGGGUCAGGCAACACUUCUUGGUGAUGAGACAAAACACAAGUUAACAGUUUGCUUGCAUCAGCGAAAUGCAGCUGGGCCAAGACAUCAUAGGAGGCUUUUGUCGAGUGCCAAAAAUUGUUAAUAAUGCGGAAAAUGAAAGAAAUUGACCAAAAAUGCACUUAAGAAUGGCCUCUGACCUUCAUGUAACGCUCAUGUGUGCAAUGCCCACUUAGGUAACCUAACUUAUGAGUCUAUGUUUAUGUAGCUAACUGCUUCCUUUGGCCACUUAGUAAUGUUAAAGUUAUUGUUCUUUACUUGCAGUGUUGAAGUUUGUACCCCUGUAACUGCACAAAAAUAUACAGCAACAAUAAUUGCUCUAACUUAAGUAUUUUGCAUGGUGCAACUUUGUCUGGUCACUUGUAGCUAUGUUUCAUCCUUAAUAGUUGAUAUGUUUACAUUGUUUGUGUUGUGCCUUGUUAUAUUGUUUGAGAGAAGUAUCAUGUGGUAAUGGCAUACAAUCAUACAAAGUGAUUUUAUCUGAAUUUGGAUGGUUGUGGUUAGGGUUACCAUAAAUAGUGCAAACCACAGGCUUUUUGAGAGCCUGAUAGUACUUCCCAUACAGAGAAUCACUUCUGGGUCUCCAGUUGCUCGACUCCAGAUGUACAAUCACAAAAAAGAAGUGCUGUCCCUCCCUUUCACUAAUCUGAAAUGUUGUGUUUUCUGAAACAUUGUUGUGCUUUCUAAAAUGGUGGUGUGUUUUCUGAAUUUUCAUGUCAUUGUACUUUGACCUUCAGAGCCACCACACAUUCCACUUAAGGCAGUCACAGCGAGGUUUAGUGGACUGAGCUCUUAACCAUUCUUCACCAAAUGUAAAGAAAAACAUGAUAAUAAAUGAGGAAUGCACAAUUAAGAGAGGGAUUUGGCCCAUUAUUUCAUUUGUGCCCAUUUA